UCUAGAGAUCGGAAGCGGAAUCUCGGCGCUGAGUUGACCCCGGCAUGUGGUGGUGCUUCGGCCGCAGUCUGCCGGCCUGGCGGAAGUUCGUCGUUUCUUUUCCCUGGUUGUCCGCCGCCCGUUCGCGAUGCCGCGGGCAAGAGCUGUCGCGACGCUGGCUCAGCAGCCAGCCGGACUUGCGCGAGUUGUUCGCGAGACCGGCGCUUCAGCGCUUCCUGGACCAGCAUUCCCGGGCAGAUGAGCAACUUGGCGGCUUCCGCUCGGCAUUGGCAGCGCGGAUUCGCCUCUUGAGAGACAAGGAAGAGGAGCUGCGUGAGACGGAGCGCUUGGCGCGAGAAGAUGAAAACGAAGAUUUGCGGAAGCUUGCAGAAAAGGAAGUUAUUUCCUGUCAGGAAGAGAUAGAAGAAUUGAGACAUCAGAUAGUAUCACUUUUGAUUCCUUCAGAGAAAACUGACAAAAAUGAUCUUGUCAUAGAGGUGACUGCUGGAGUUGGAGGGCUGGAAGCAAUGUUGUUCACUGCUGAGAUGUUUGAUAUGUAUGAACAGUAUGCGGCAUAUAAAAAUUGGACUUUUGAUAUUCUGACAUAUGCUUCCAGUGUUAUAGGUGGUUUAAGACAUGCAUCUGCCAGUAUAAAAGGCCUUGAAGUAUAUGGACAAUUGAAGUUUGAAGGAGGAGUACAUCGUGUUCAGCGCGUGCCAAAGACUGAGAAGCAAGGCCGCAUUCAUACCAGCACAAUGACUGUAGCAAUAUUACCACAGCCGAGUGAGAUAACUCUGACAAUUAAUCCUAAAGACUUAUGUAUUGAGGCUAAAAGAGCCAGUGGAGCUGGUGGCCAGCAUGUGAAUACUACUGAUAGUGCUGUGCGGAUUGUCCAUAUUCCCUCAGGUAUAGUAUCUGAAUGUCAACAAGAAAGAUCUCAAAUUAGAAAUAAAGAAAAAGCUAUGGAGCUUCUUCAUGCUAAAUUAUAUAGCAUCAAACUUGAAGAACAAACAGCAAAGAUACAUACUGCCAGAAAGAUUCAGAUUGGAACUAAAGAAAGAUCAGAGAAAAUCAGAACUUACAAUUUUCCCCAAGAUCGGGUUACUGACCAUAGAAUAGGCAAGACAGUACAUCACAUCGAAAGAUUCAUGCUGGGGGAAGAACUGUUAGAUGAAAUGAUACAGUCAUUAAGAAAAUACAGCGAAUAUGAAACGUUAAUGGAAGUUAUUUCAGAAAAUGAUGCAAGCAGACCAAAAUGAUCUUCAUCACAUCCUAGACCAUAGGUAUGAAAGUGCUUUCCAAAUUAAUUCGCUGCAUAUCUGUUUGUUUGCACAGAAUUGAUUUACAAUCCCAUAUAUACUGUAUGUCAAUUUAUUUUGGUACUGCUCAACACCCAAACAACAUAUAUUGAUUAUCUCUAAUAAGGUUGAAUGCACCUUACCCAUGCCCUGGGACAAUAGCCAGGUAUUUAAAGCCUUCCUAAAUGCCAUCAUGAUACGAGCUGUCCAUAGCUUAAGGGGACAUCAUUCCACAGGACAGGUGCCACAACAUGCUUCCCGGGUCCUGAAAAAUAACACUGAUCAAAGGGACCUGGAGCAUCCCCACUUGUUGGCUCUUACUGGACAGAAACCAUAGGAAACAGGCAGUCCCUCAAAUAACCAGGCCCCAUGCCAUGUAGGGCUUUAUAGGUGAUAAGUAGCACUUUGAAUUGCAUCCAGAAGCAUACUGGCAGCUGGUGCAACAAAAGGAAGUGGGUAUGGCAAGGGUAAAAGCAUGCUGAAACUAAAUGGCUAAGCUGGCAUGUUUUCUAAUUGGUUUUUGGAGGAUUUUUAUGUGUAUAUUAAAUUUAUAUGCUGCCCAACUUCUGGUGACUCUUGAGUGGCAUGAAAGCAUACUGCUGUUGUAAAAAAAGCAUUAAUGCUUCAGAUAGAAACUGUUAAAUACAUGUAUUUAAUUUAUACAGUUGCCUAUCUCAAUGAGUAACUGUCGACUAUAAUUCUGGUGAACAGAAUUAAAAUAGAAAACAAUAAUGAACAUUAUAAAAAUUAAAAAUGCAGCCAGCCAAGAAACAAUGACCCAAAUCACUAAUACAACCAAGAAGCCAUAUUCUAAAAAUUGAGUUAUUAUUCCUUCUAUACUUGAAUAGACAAUGGUGAAAAAUUGGAAAACUGAGAAUAUGCUGGUUUUCAAGUGCUCACUCUCAGUCAACAGAAGUGUUCAUGUAUUUAGUUAUAUUUUUAGCAAACCCAUUCUAAAUGGCUCUGGGCAAAUAACAGUCACAAACACCAGCAAGCUCCAAAUCUAUCUUUCAAAAAUAGUAAACUAAACAUAGUAUCAAAAUGGUACAAAAAUGAACACAAACCUUGUCUGCCAAAUUAACAUUUUCAAACACAGCAUACCCACUUGUGCUUGAUGGAAAAUAACCAGGUCUUGAUAUAAUUAUGUCAUUUGCAAUGUUGCAUCAGUACAUAAAUGACAAUGGUGGAAAUUGAUGGAUAUAAAUGAAUUAUCCAGACUAGUUUAGGUACAUCAGACAUAGUUUAAACAUUACUUUUGUCCACUUUCAAAUUUAGUCUGUUACAUCUGAAGUUCUUUAAAUAGGGACUGAUAAAUCAACAUUUCUCAAUAUAAGAAAAUGUAAUUUCUAUGUAAAAGCUAAAAUGAAUAUUUUUCUUUAUUCUAUUGUUUUUUUAGUUUUGCAAGAUGUUUGGGAUUUUCCAAAUAAAAUUAGCAUCUAUUGAUGUUCUAAAGCUGCACUCAGUCAGCCUGAUUGAAAUUAUUCCCUUUAAUUAAGGAUUUACUCUUUGCUAAUAAUUGUAGGUGGGGUUCCUUAUCUUACGUACAAUAGCUUUUGUCAGCAUUGCAACAAAAGAUGGGAGAAUCUAAGACUUAUUGACCUAGCGGCUUUCUUUUCUUUUACCUUUUAAAAGUCUGUUCCUGAAUAACAGCAACAUUUUUCCAAAUUUUUGAGGAAAAAAAGAAUUCCCGAAUUCCUUUUCCAUUUUAGAGGAAAGCUUUCUAAAAUGCUCUCUUGAGUUUGUUUGUUUGUUUGCAGAGGUUUCCUUACCCCAAACUAAGUAACAUCAUCAGAGGAGUUUGCUGUUAAGUUUUUCUUUUCCAUUUAGGUACCGGUAAUCAUAUAAACUUGUAAAAGGCAUGUCAAAGCAAUUAUCUGUGUUAAGAAGGGAUGUGUAAAUAAUAAGGAAUUUAUUUAUAUUUUAUAACAACUUUUAUUUGAAAUAAAUUUUAUUGAGAGUUGUCUUUAAGAAUCAGAUUUUUCUAAAUACUAAUACAUAGAAAAAUUUCCUUGACUAUGCAACCUUUAUUCAGAGACAAAUUCAGGUUCUCACCUACGCUUCUAUAUAUUGUCUUAUUUUGUCUCCUGUUUUUUACGAAAAAUAAACAUGACAAUGUAGUUGUAAAA